AGGUACGUGCAGACGCCAUGCGGCCGUUACGUUGGCAGGUGGCUGUGGUGGCGGCUGCUGGCCUCGCGCUGGCCUUGGAGACACUGCCCACCGUGCUGCGCUGGCUGUGGGUCAGGCGUCGGCGGCGACCACGGCGCGAGGUGCUGUUUUUCCCAUCACAAGUGACCUGCACAGAAGCCCUGCUGCGGUCCCCGGGUGCCACACCCUCGGGCUGCCCGUGUAGCCUGCCCCACGGCGAGAGCUCACUGAGCCGGCUGCUGAGCGCCCUGCUGGCCGCCCGCGUCAGUCUGGAGCUCUGCCUGUUCGCCUUUUCCAGCCCGCAGCUGGGCCGCGCCGUGCAGCUGCUGCACCAGCGCGGGGUGCGCGUCCGCGUGGUCACCGACUGCGACUACAUGGCCCUCAACGGCUCGCAGAUUGGCCUGCUCCGCAAGGCAGGGAUCCAGGUCCGGCACGACCAAGACCUGGGCUAUAUGCACCACAAGUUCGCCAUCGUGGACAGGAGGGUGCUGAUCACUGGCUCCCUCAACUGGACCACGCAGGCCAUCCAGAACAACAGGGAGAACGUGCUCAUCGUGGAGGACGAGGAGUACGUGCGGCUCUUCCUGGAGGAGUUCGAGCGCAUCUGGGAGGAGUUCGACCCCACCAGGUUCUCCUUCUUCCCUCAGAAGGAGAGGGCUCGCUGAGGCGGGCUCCAGGCCAGCGGCCCUCAGGCUGGAGUCCUGCCGAGCUCCAGCGAGGAAGGGGGGCUUUCUUGCAUUGAGUAGUGACUUUCCUUAGAGAGUGCAGGCUUAGCAAGGACAGAGACUGUCCUGCAGUGGAAGGGAGGUGCUUCGGACUGGGUGCCUCCAUCAGGGUUGGAGAGGCAGCAGAGUCCCUUUCCUGAUUCUGAUGCCUCCCGGGUCCCCCAAAACUCCCUUGCCCCGCCCCCCAUGCUCCCUUGCCCU